UGAUUUUAAAAUAUGACCACUCGUUCACCACUCGUUAUUAAGUCACCACGAUGGCUGUGUUUAAAGUACUUGUUUUUUGUGUUCUGAUUUCGGUCGUCUUUACCGAUGAAAGCAACGAAGAGACACAAAGCGAUGUUGAGCUUGAAACCAGAAGUAUUUACCCGCAUCAAUUUGAAGCACGUCUUGCUAAUCUAGAGAAGGAGAUAAAAGCUCUUGAAAAUAGUCGAAAGAAUGAACUGCGAGGUCGAGAUGGUCGUGAUGGACAGCCAGGAACACCUGGCAAAGAAGGCAAAGAUGGAAAAGAUGGUAAUACGGGCAAACAAGGCCCUAAGGGCUCCAUGGGAUCUCCRGGCAAAGAAGGGCCACAAGGUCCCCCUGGACCCAAAGGUGAAGGAGUGCAGUACUUUCGAUGGGGAAGAACGGUUUGUCCAAGUGACACACAACUUCUUUACAAAGGUCGUAUGGCGGGAACACACUACACUCACAAAGGAGGUGGAGUACAAUACCUUUGUCUGCCAGAAAAUCCUAAGUGGCUGAAAUACCAAGAAGGCUAUCAAGAACAAGCUACGACUAUCUACCCCACGGAGUACGAAACUCACCACUUUGGUAAUUUACUGUUUGGUAAAAACCUCCAAGACCAAGAUGCACCUUGCGCUGCCUGCUACGUCCCGAACCGCACGGCAAAGUUCAUGAUCCCUGCAUCCUACGAGUGUCCCGGGGGCUGGACACGAGAAUACUUUGGUUACAUCAUGUCAGAGCAUCAUAAUCAUGCUCGCUCAAGUAGCUUUGUUUGUGUUGACAAAAACCCUGAGUUCGUUCCUGGAAAUAACAAAAACGAGAAUGGUGCACUUCUGUACUUUGUCCAGGCAAUGUUUCAAUGUCAGGCCAAUUCUCCCUGUCCUUACCCAUAUGGUAGGGAACUGGCAUGCGCAGUUUGCACAAAGUAAAGUUGCAGCUGUUACCAUCGCUUGUAAAGGAACCCAUUUAUCAACGCAUCGUGACAACUAUUGGCCAUACGUAUAGCC